AUGUGGGAUGAGGUUUGUUUUAUUGAAGAGGAUGUGGAUGUUCCUUUGGCGGUUAAACGUGUGUGUAUUAAGACUGGGACACCUUUUUUGAUCCAAGAUAUGAUUAAAGUGGUUGCUCAAGGUGUUGAAUAUGGGGUGGUGGUGCGUGAAAUUUCAAAUUGGGAACCAAAUAUUAUGGAAGAUGGAGAAAUAGGGUCGGAUAUUCCGGACCUGUCAGGGGGAGAGGAAGAAGUUGCUUGUUUUGAUGACGAUGUGAAUGAUUUUAUCGAUGUAGAGAAUGGUGAUAAGGUUGAUGAGGGGCAAGAGAACUCUUUUAGCAUGGAUAAUACAUCUAUUAAUGGUGUUAGAGGGGUUGGAUUUGUUGAUAGAAAAGGGAAGAGUUUUUUAAACAAAUAA